AUGGUCCUCACCAAGUUCAUGGAGAAUGGGGGCCUCAACAUCUUCUUCAGGGGCCGGGUGGGGUCGCUGCCCCCCCUGCAGCUGGUGGCCAUGCUGCGGGGCAUCGCGGCCGGGAUGCGCUAUUUGGCCGACACGGGCUUCGUGCACCGGGACUUGGCCGCCCGCAACAUCCUGGUGGACGCCCAACUGGUCUGCAAGGUCUCCGACUUCGGGCUCUCCCGCGCCCUGCAGGAGGACAGCUCGCCCGACCCCACCUACACCAGCUCCUUGGGGGGGAAGAUCCCCAUCCGUUGGACGGCGCCCGAGGCCAUCGCCCUCCGCAAGUUCACCUCGGCCAGCGACGCCUGGAGCUACGGCAUCGUCAUGUGGGAGGUGAUGUCCUUCGGGGAGCGCCCCUACUGGGACAUGUCCAACCAGGACGUGAGUCACCCCAAAACCUAG